UUCUCCGGCGGCUGCAGCAGGGGUCGGGCACACUCUGCACUCAUGGGUGGCGGUAAGUGGAGCAAUCCGGCCCCAGCCCGCGCCGUGCAGCUGGCUCCCAGAUGCGCCGCUGUUCAAUCCACUCAGGAGAGUCAAAAAUCCAAUGAGACAGAUAACGAGCAACUGUCUAACCCUGAGUUUGGAUCUCUCCAAAAGAGCUUGGAGGUAGGAAUUGGCCAGAAUGUGACCCUGUCCUGUCAAUCCACCAGUGGCUUUCUUCCUAUCAACUAUACAUUUUUUAGAGGAAGUCAGAAUCUGUGGCCGACUAUACCGAAGACAGACAGGAACCCAGCCCUGUUUAACCUAACUAUCAGUUCUGCCAGUGAUUUGGGGGAAUAUAAAUGCAAAGCUGUAAAUCGAAUCUCCAACAGUGCAAAAUACAGCGAGAGUCUCAACUUUACGUUACUAGAUCCAGUGUCCAAACCAGUGCUGACCACGACUACUUCCCAAGUGAGGAUAGGCCAGAAUGUGACACUGUCUUGUCACUCAGAAAACGGCUCUUCUCCCAUCAACUAUGUAUUUUUUAAAGGAAGGAAGACUAUGUUAUCCAAAAUAUCUAUGCAAGGGAAGGCUGCAGCUGUGUUAAAUGUAACUAUCAAUUCUUCAAGUGACUUGGGUGACUAUAAAUGCAAAGCUGAAAAUAAUAUCCCCAAUAACACAAAAUAUAGCAACAGUCUCAACUUUACACUAGCAGAAGAGGAUGGCCUUUCCUAUCCCCUCUCCAUUUUUCUUGUGCUACUGUUUCUGCUGGUGGUGAUAGCAACUGCCCUACUGGUUCCAUUUCUGAUCCUGCCUUGGUGUAAAGCAAGAAAACUGAAGUCAACAGGCUCCUCGACUGGUUUUGUUUCAACAGACAAAGCAACAGGGUCUGAAACCUAUGCGACAUACACUGAGAUUGAGUAUGCUAAAUCUGAAGAAGUGGAGUACGCCAACAUACUGAUUAGAAAAGAGGAGGAAGAUAGGAAAGUGAACAAGAGGGCAGAUACUACAGUUGUCUACUCUGAAGUCAUCGUAAGAGAUGGAACGCAACAAGCUGAACCACUCCAUUCUCCAGAGUAGCAUCACUGAUCAAGAUUGUGAAGAGGACACUCAUCUCAUCAUACCUGCCAAAGAAUGAGUACUCAUUACUGCUGUUACAGUAUUGUUGCCUUGGCGUGUGGCAGACUCAUAUUGGGGUUAUAUCCCAGAGCGAUAUGUAUAUGUUCAAGUUUUGUAUGUAGUUCUGUGUCCAAUAUGAAGAUGCCUAUUUUCUUACUUUCAGCUCCUUGAUCUUCUCUAGUUAACUGCAGUAAGUUAUUAGAUUCCUUUGCAAUAAAAGGGGAGUUUUAUUUAGUAACCUACAAUAGGGACAUUUUUCACAGGAGAAAAACGUUAUCAUUUCUCCACUAUUUACUAGCUGAUCAGCCAUGCUUUGAGGAGUAUUGUACAUGAACAUGACUUAUUAACUUUGCUAUGUUAAAACAGUAUGUAUUUGUUUCUUGCUGGAAACCUCUAUUAAUGUUGAGAGAAAAGCACAAUCAAGAUUUUUUUUUUUUUUUACUCCUUAAUCUACUUAUGUUUUGUAGGUUGAUGUGGGCCAGUUCUAGCAAACUUAAUUGGCAUGAGCAAUUCUUACUCAGUAGGACUGCUUGUGUGAAUGAGAAUGACUCAAGCUGGUAUCGGUUGCAGGGCUGGGUUCUAUAUAACAACGGUUUCAAAUCAACUGACUUAAGAAUGAAAUGCAGAAGUCAGUCCAGAUACAAAAUUGGAUGUAAGCUGGUUCAGUAGAUUUACGAUUCACUCUAGGAAACCACAGUUUUCAGAUGGGAUUUCCUGAAUUUUUUUUAUUAGCAACUGAAGAGCAAAAAAACCCCAAACAAACAAACAAACCAACCAAAUAGUUGAAGUAUGAAAAAAUAAAAAGUUUACUGAAAUCUCUCACUUUUUAAAGUGAACCAAUUCAAGUUUUUUUUUAAAUGUUGAUAUCUCUAACAAGUCUCGAUCUGUAUUUUAGUACCUUCAGUCAUUUGGUUACUGUACCUGAUGACAUUAUACUGAAAUCACAUUCAUUUUUGCUACUUUAAGGAAAGCCAUCUUUCCACUUGAUAUUUUCUUUCUUACUUACUUUGCAUAGAGUUGCUCCAGAGGUGUCUGCAUGGUUUCAAGAUACCCAGGCCACACAGAAAUUCCUUUCUCUAUCAAUUCAUUGAACAGCCCCUGACACACCUGGGGGGGGGAAGACACAGUCUUAAGAGGUUUAAAAUGUUGGGAGAAGGAGCGAUACAGGCUGUAGUAUCUGAUAUUAAAACUCAUUUAUAAUGUUUAUAAAUUAACAGAAACAUGCACUCAAAAGAGAACAUGACUGCUAAGAGAUCUUCAUGUUUAUACAUAGUUCCCUAUAUGCAUAUCUAAAUAAAAAGGUCUUUUCCCCAUGUA